AAAUAACUAUGAAGAAGGAACUGGAAAUGUGAUCGAUGAAGAUUUGGAGAUGCAAAUUGAAUCUGGAUCAAGUGAUUCUGAGGACGAUGUCGAGCUCGAAGGGGGAUGGGAUGGGGGUCUUUUCUCAAAAGGAGAUAUCAUGGUCUUUCGAAAACUUCUGCGAGAUGUAUUCCUACCAUCGGGGAUUGCUAGACUUCCUCCAAAUUUAGGAGAAGCAAAGAACGGGUCUUUGAAAGCGGCACAGUGGCAUAGCCUCUUUGCUUACAUCAUUCCGCUGAUUGUUGUUGAAAUUCAAUGGCAGAGGCUGCUGGGAAAUCAUUCAGUAGUCGAGGAGAUCACGGUACCAUCUGGGCAUGAAUCAAUGAGGGACCCCGGCAAAAACCGUUAUCGCAUUCGUCUCGAAGAGAGGGAAUACACCGCUUUGCUUAAGUAUGCCCAAGUUCUAAACCCGGAAAUACGGAACUAUUGUCAAAUUCCACAUCCACCUGAAGCGCUUAUAUUACAACCUUAUGCAGUCACAAAGGCUUCAUGGAAAAUCUCAAAAAGAAUCACGUUGUCCGUACUCAAGCCAAACAAUUGUAUACAAUACAAGAACGCGGGGAAGACUUCUUAUGGCCUAAUCAGGAGGAUCUACCAGUUCCAGAACAUUGAACACAAGUGGCAAACGGCUGAGCCUCCGUUUUUGAAAUUACAAGUUGAUUCACAUCGACUCUAUUCAAUACUUAUCAACAUAUCGCUUUCAAAAUUGGCGCUUAGACAUUAUCGAUCUCAAAAUUGGCUCUUAUUUUGGUCUCUCAUGGGUCACAGGUAG